UAUUUUCAGUUUAAAUCCAGAGCACGAAGCUACUCAUGGGUGGAUACCUAAUUCAGUUUUAAAAUUGAGAAAGAAAAUUUUUAAUUGCUUUGUGAAGUUUUGAUGAACCACGGCGUGGCAGCAGUAUUUUUGAAAAUGAAGUUAAUAUCAUUAUUAUCAACAUUAGUAUUCGCGAACGUGCAUUACAUCAGAGGAAAUGACAUCCGAAUACCCUUAUCAAUAUACAACCAAGGGUUACGUGAAGGUAGUUACGUAUGGUAUUUUGAAGCCGAUCAAAGGUUUUAUGGAACCAUUUCAAUUGGAACUCCGCCACAGAAAAUCAACGUAUUAUUCAGUACAGCUUACAAUAGCAUUUAUGUGGUCUCAAGUUAUUGCAACAGUUCAAUUUGCCAAAACCACAAUACUUAUAACCACGAAAACUCGACAACUUUCCGAGGUCAAGAUGACUUUGACAAUACAAUUCGGCAAGGUUAUGGUAAAGCAACUGAUACAAUUACAAUAGGUAAUUUCCAAAUACAAGAUGUAUCGUUUGUGGUAACUACAAGCGGAGAGGAUUACGACAAUAAACCAUGGGAUGGUAUUGUGGGAUUGUAUCCCGGAAGCUUAUUUAUAAAAUCCUGCGAAAAACUUGGAUUGAAGAAGAAAUUUUCAUUCUACACCAAUUCUCCUUGGGACAAUAAUACCUCUGAAUUGAUGUUAUGCGGCGAAGACAAGACAAAGUUUCGGGGUAACUUGCAAAACCUUACUGUAGGAACUGAAAAUGGUCUAUUGCGCAUUAAAAUACAGAGUGUUAUGUUGCAUCAUAACCAUGAAAAUGUCCUAAAAAUGGAAUUCAGAAAUGAGAUACGAGAAUUACUAUUCGAAUUUGAAACCUCAUACAUUAUCGGACCAGCAGGUGACGUUAAGAAAAUCUACGAUAAGUUAAACAUCAAAAGAACAUCAAAAAUCGGUGAUGACUUGAAGGAGGUCGACUGCAAUAACAUUGAUGCAUUACCGAGUAUCACGUUUGUAACUGCUGACAGUAAUUUCACUCUUACAGGAAAUGAUUACAUCAAACAGAUGACGCAUAAUGAUAAACAGGUCUGCAUAGUUAGACUGCUAUCACACUCGCUGAAUUCUUGGAGAAUAGGAAGCAUCUUUUUCAGAAAGUACUACACUGUAUUUUAUGAUGAAAAGCCGCGCAGAAUUGGAUUCGCCGAAAGCGUUCAUCCGCCUGCUAAGAUAAUGGUCUUCCUUUUCUAAUGGGAUGAUGAAAAUAACGUUUCAAGUACCUACUUACACUUUAAUUUCUAUUUUAAGAUUAAAAUGAUAAUUAAUAUUUCUGACCGCUAAAGAAUAACACCCAAGAGUUUCUGUUACCUACACAUGGCCAACUUGUGUAUUGCAUCACUGAAAGUUUGAGAGAUGCAUACCUAAGUUGCAGAUAGUAUGUUACCAAUGAUUGAAAAUUCAAAUAAAUUCCAUUCGCAUAUUUUGGUAAACUAAUGAGAAUAGGGAGGUACAUAUUUUAACUUUUAGUGUUUUCUUUAAAAUGAAAUGCAGCUAGUGUAACGUUCAUGAUGUAGGUAGUAGGUACCUAGUAAUUCCGCAACUACCACUAUCAUUCUGUUUAUAGAUAGUAGAAAGUAUUCAAUUUAAUAACCAUUUUUGAAUUUCGAAUAAGUAUUUGAUAUUCACAGCACCCUUUGUCGAGAUUUUAUUCGUGAUUUGAAUCAUAUGAUGAGUCACGACUCACGAAUCACGUUUACGAAUCAUUUUUAGCUCCUGGUUGUCUCCAUUAGACGGCAUUACGUACUUUUAAUUUGUGCAUUUGCAACAUUUUACCAUAAUUUGAGACAUUUUAUCAUUUUUGCGUAAGUGUUUUAAACUUUCAACCAAUACCCACUUAGUUGAGAAGUU